GCUCGGUCAGGCACCGGGAAGAGGAACUGGGCUUUGCGCUGCCGGGUCGGGGCGAUCGCACGGCUGUGCCCCGGCCGGCCCCGGUUUCCCCUCCCGCUGCCGCCGCUUGCUCCGCGUUCGCUGCAAGGGAGGGAUGGGGCGGGGAGCGGGACGAGGCGCUGUGGGCGAGGACGGGCUCUUGCAUCCUCACCGCACCCCCCCUGCAGCCCCUCUGCCCCCCAUUGCAUCCCCAUUGCAUCCCCCCGCUUCUUCCAUCCGCUGCAGAGGAACGUGCUUGCCAGGGCCGCCUGCUUGAAAUAAAGCCCCCCCCACCUCGGGGAGCCCCCCCAAUCCUCUUCGGCGAGCCCCCCUUUUCCCCAACCAUGAUUUUGCUGAGCAGCUUCUUGCACUUGCGGCCUCGGCGCUGCGGCCCCUUGGCAGGGCUGGGCAGGGGGCUGGUCCCCGCAGCGGGGUCCCGCAGGGCUCUGCGGGUGCUGGUGGACAUGGACGGGGUGCUGGCUGACUUCGAGGGAGGCUUCCUCAAGAAGUUCAGGGCCAGGUACCCCGACAAGCCCUACAUUGCCCUGGAGGACCGGAGGGGCUUCUGGGUGUCGGAGCAAUAUGGGCGCCUGGGACCUGAGCUGAGUGAGAAAGCCAUCAGCAUCUGGGAAUCCAAGAACUUCUUCAUUGAGCUGGACCCAAUCCCCGGGGCUGUGGAAGCUGUGAAGCAAAUGGCAAAUUUGGCAGACACCGACGUGUUCAUCUGCACAAGCCCGAUCAAGAAGUACCGCUACUGCCCUUACGAGAAGUACGCCUGGGUGGAGAAGCACUUCGGUCCCGAGUUUCUUGAGCAGAUAGUUUUGACGCGAGAUAAGACGGUGGUUUCUGCUGACCUGCUCAUAGACGACAGACCUGAUAUAACAGGGGCUGAGCAGAACCCCAGCUGGGAGCACGUGCUCUUCACGGCCUGCCACAACAAGCACCUGCAGCUGCAGCCCCCCCACCGCAGGCUGCAGUCCUGGGCCGAUGACUGGAAGGCCAUUCUGGACAGCAAACGUCUCCCACCUGGCCAGGCCACCUAAACACCAGCCUCCCACAGCCGCCCGGGGCUGCGGCCACCCGCUCUCGUCCCUGCGGAGUCCUGCUGAAGGCUGAAACCAUGGACGGACAGACCGACGGACGCUGUGUCCUCAGCGUGUCACUGCACCUGUCCGGUGUGCGACGUGGCACGGACCUGCUCUCCAUCCUCCUCUCUUUGUUAUGGUUGGGCAUCGCACAGGGUGACUCAGUGCAUCCUCACAGGGUGUGGUACCAAGGGGCUGCCUUGGGGGACGUUCACCUCCCGGUGCGUGCCCAGGUCUGAGGAGAGGCGCGGCUGGAAGGGCAGAGGACGCCAGCAGACGCUGCCCAGGCUCCCUGCACCAGCUCGCGCCAUUCCUUGCAGCUGAAACAACGGGACGGCUACACGCUUCCCUGCAGGAAGAGUCCCUGCAGCGGGACACGGGGACAGCAGCACUCCUCCCGUGGAUCUGGCCAUAGGGAGGGAGCCCUGAGACGCUGUUACACCUGAGAUGGAGUCGUCCUCCAGCUUGCGGAGCAAUCCCUGCUCCUUCAUUCCUGAGGAGCUGCCACAGCUUUAAAGCUGGGACUUUAGAGCUGAUACAGAGGGGCUCUUCUCCCACCCGCCCAUUGCUCGUGGACUGCUCGCCUGGGGCAUUGCUGUGGCAGCGAGCAGGUGGUGGCAGUGCCAGCGCCAGCCCUUUCUGCAGCAGCUCAUGGCUCUCCCUGCCAGCUGGUGAUGGGACAGUGACUCCUUGGAUUCCAAAGCCACGGAGGUCUGCACACGCAGGGUGUGUGAUCAAAGCACCCAUCUCCCUCCUCCUGGUAGUGUCUGACGUCAGCCUGCCAGAAAAGCUCUAGAUGUGUGUCUGCUGGGCAUACAGUUCCCACGCAGAACAUCCUGGGUGCUGCAUCCCACCGGGGUCAGACGCUGGGACAGUCGAUGCCACAGAACGUCCUGACCUCUUCGGUAUGGAGCCACCUGGGAAGAUGCCACUGCGUGGAAAAGGGGGCUGGUGGAGGAGCUGCGGCAUCGCUGAGGGGUGCGUAAAGCAGAGACACCGCGGGCUGAGGGUUGCGUUUUCAGAGGAUUGUCAGGUCUGCAUUCAUGGAUGCUGUUUUCAGCCCUCACCUACCACAAGGGAGGAAACUGGGGGAGCGUUGCGAUUAAGGGCUGGGGAGCCCAUCAGAGGUGCCCCUGAGGCUCUACCACAGGGUUAGUUUGUUCUGCAGCUCCACUGCUGUCCUGGCUCUGGAUGUCUGGGGACGGAGUGUGCCCCCAGCCCCACUCCCGUCACACUGGGACCGCUGCGGCGAGGAGUUUGGCUGUGUGGCUGGUCCGAAGGGGCUGUGGCAUGUGCAGGUGUCUGUGCCAGCCACCACCACCCGAUGACGGGGCUGCUGGGCUCUGGGGCCCACCAGCGCUGCUGGGAAGCUGCAGCAGGGCACCUGACAGGGAGCAUUUGGACAAGGGGCAGUUGAAGAGGGAUGCUUUUGCAUAACUGUGCCCACAGCCUCUUCCUCCGCUGCCUGGCUCGUUCCUGCCUCCCCACAGCCGCACCAGCCUGGCCUUGAACUGCACCGACCCAAGCUGGCACUGGUGGCAGCACCAGAAAGUGGGUGCCCCAGGUGAAGCCCCGGGGAUGCACCAGCUGCAUCACGGCUGGCGUGCAAAUGUGUCACUGCUGACAUGGCAGAGACCACGCGGCCCCUGCUCCUGUCUGUCCACACCCUCUGGCAUCCCACCGAGGGCUCCUGCUCUCCUGGCUGAGGACUUGCUGGCUGCGGGAGUGAAAUUCCCCACUGGAACAUGUAGCCCCAUGGACGGAGACAUGACCUGGCCGAGGUUACCCACCCUGCACCGCUUGCUUACGCCUUUGGCUUGCUUCUCUCUCCUAUGGGUGCCCAUCAGCAAAAAAAUAUGUGAGCUCAAAGCCACAUAGUCAACAAAUGACCUGUCUCACAGCAGGAGCUGGACCCCGCCACGUCUGGAACCUGGAGGGGUGACUGAAAUCGGUGCUUCUGAGUCUGUGCCUUCCCCGGCUGCUGUGGGGCCAGGGACAAAGCCCACAUUGUCCUGGGUCUUUCUGAAAGCUGCCCUGUCUCUUGAGAUGGGGUGAUUGCAUAAAGACAGCACGGAUUGGCUCAUGGCAGUGGGAGUUACAUCCCACAAGGACUUUUUCAAUUGUUUUUUUCCUGUUUAAAGCACUGUGUUCUUCUCCGGGUGGUGGGUUUGGUUUGGGCGGUGUGUUUGGGAGAGGUGUUUGGAAUGUGCAGCCACCUGAGAUGCAGCCUGCAAGCCUUGGCGGGGGGUUUGCAGACAGGGAGCUGGGACAGCGGUUGAGCGCCCUGGGCUUCCACUGCAGCUGCUGAGCACCAUGUGCCCUCCGCUCUGUUGGAACCUGCUGGCUACUGGCCCCCGUGUGCAGCCGUGGUGGCCUCAUGGGGUCCGAGCUGUUUUUUUUCCCAGUGGCACCAUUAGUUUCCCAAGCUCUGUGGGGUCUUCAUGCUGCCUCUCCUCAAGCCAAAACCAGAACUGGCACAUUGUUACGGUACCUGCCCAAACCAGCCGUCUUUUUCCCCCCAAAACUGGGGCAAAUCCCAGGGAUGUGGCUCUCUGGGGGCCAGCGAGUCUUUCCCCCUCGCUGGGAUGUGUGAUACCAGAGAGACCGUGUUGUUUCACACCAAAUAUACUUGAAAGCAGAGCUGGAGUUUCUCAUGCAUGCGGCUCCGACUCGACGCACAGAAAUCCAUGCAGGUUGCUGGCCUGUUUGUUCCUGCUGAGCUGGGGGCCAGGAGGCAGCUCUCGACAGAUCAGCCUUUUCAACAUUCAAGCCCUUCUGUGGGCAGCCAAGAUGCACAGAGCUUUUAUUUUUAAAUGCACGUCUAUAAAACCGAGGUUGACAGUGCAAUAAACACUGGGUUUUAUUGUCAUCCAGCUUCCUAGAAAGAGAGUUUGGGUUUCGCAGUUUCCCACCCACAGCUCUGCCCUCUGCAUGGGGUUGUUGGGGCUUGCCUGUGGGCUUGGGCAAGUCUCCAUGUCCAAAAAGCCUGGAACCAGCCCCCGGCAGUGCAGUUACCCUGUUAGACUGAGUCCCUGUGGGCAGAAAUAAAGCUGAGGGGUGAGUUUAGGUAGUGGUCAGCUUCUUAAAGAUGUUUUGUAAUAAAUAAAGUUGUAAAGCGUG